AUGGAGGCCACCACGCACCACUUGCUCGGCCCACGUAAAGAAGAUGAAAAGAAAGAAGAAGGAGUGGUGGGCAUCGUCAGCGUACUCGAGGAGCAGGUGCAGCAGCUCGAGCGGCUCGUGACGGGGCUCGUGGGCGAAGUGCGGGUGCUGCACCGCCAGCGCCGCCGCGACCUGCGCCAGGUGCAGCAGCUCGAGCUGCUCGUAGCGGGGCUCGUGGGCCAAGUGCGGGUGCUGCACCGCCUGCGCCGCCUCGACCUGCGCCAGGUGCGCCUCGGCAUGGCCGCCCUGCGCGCCCCCCGCCCCCACCAGCCGCCGCGGCCGCCGCCAGCAGAGGAGGUGGCAGCAGCAGCAGGAGGCCAUCAACAGCAGCCGACAGAAGCAGAAGCAGAACCCGAAACAAACGAAGCAGAAGCCGCACCAACAAUGGCGGAUGCUGCAGUGCCCAAGAACAAGGAGGCCGACCAAAGCGAUGCCGCCAACGUCAGCGUCGACGACACGAGUAGUAAUAGCAGUAGCAGCAGCAGCAGCAGCACGCCGACUACAUCGGUGGGGUCCUACUUCGCCUUUGCCACGGACGCCCCGUGGUACUCCUCGCCCCAGGCCCACGCCAACGACGACGACGGCGCCUACGCUGCCCCGACGAGUACGACCACUACCGCCGCCGCCGCCGCCGCCGCCAACGAGGGGUACGCCACCGUCAUCGAUGAUGACGAUGAUGAUGAUUACGACGACGACGACGAGGAUGGUGGCGUGCUGCCCACCAUAAUCGCCGGCAUCACGUGGCCUUCUUCUCCCGACCCUCUCCUGCCCAUGCUGGACCGCGACAGCGACCACGGGACCAACGAGGCGGAGAACGAAGACGACGACGAAGAGCGAGCGGAGAUCCAGGAGCCCGAGCCCUCCGAAUACCCUCCAGCACCCACGACCACCUCCACCACCACCACCACCAGCAUCACUGGCAGCAGCGGCACCACCGCCACGGCUGCCGCUGCUGCCGCGCCCAGCAGCGAGGCGGUGGGAGUACUGGCGGCUGUAGAGGAGGAGGAGGACCACAGCACAGACGAGGCGGGAACGGCGGCGGGCAGGGAGGCGAGUGACGGGCACGACGAAAGCGAGUGGCGGGUGCUGAUUUCUGUGGAUGUGGACGGAGCGCAGCAGCAGCGGCGGCGGCGGCAGCGGUGGUCGGUUGGGGCGACCGCAGCAGACGACGACGACAGCAGCAGCAAUGGGGAGGGAGACGGCGACAACGUCACUGGCGACGACGACGACGACGAAAAGACCGACGUCGAGAGUACCACGGACGAGAUGGAGGGCACGGACGAGGCCGAGGUGGACAUCUACGGCCUGCAGUGCGCCGGCGAUGAACCGCGGCAUGACAGGAAGCGCAGCCGCGAACCGGAGCAGCGCCCCAAGAAGCCGCCGCCGCGCGUGAACAAAGGCGGCGGCGAUGGCGACGGCGACGACAACGACGGCGACGGCGACGGCGACGACGACGACGACGACGACGACGACGACGACGACGACGACGACGAAGGAGGCGAUGAGCAGGAAACGGAGGAGAAGAGCCCGAAGAUGAAGAGGCGGAGAGGGAGGCCGAGGAAGUGGGAUUCGACCGGCAAGGCCAAGAAAGAGAAGAACGAAAAGAAGAACGUAGUGAAGAAGAAGAACGAAGCGAAGAAGGAGAAAGAGCGGGGAGAAGCGACGGGGGCCGCCGUGUGGCUGACCUCGAGCAAGGUCAAGUCGGUCACCGAUUCCACGCGGCUCUCCUGGUGUCCCCAAAACGCGCCGUGCGCGAACUGCCUCAACUUCAUCGCCGGGCUGGAGAUGGGGAAGAAGCACGGCUCGCGCAAGCAGGCCUGCGCCUACCGAGACAAUUAA